UAGCUUAGUUCAUACUCUCUUGAUUUCUUCCCCUAAAUUCUUUGAUAAGUGUAUUUUUGUUCUUUUUUUUUUUCUUUCGUCUCUUAUUUAUUAAAUCAUCCUGAAUCAUGGAAGAUCAAGAGCAAGAAAUGGGCCCGCGGGCCAGCCACGCCCCCGAGGGUGAUCAAAGGAGCGAGCCGGUGCGGUCGAGGUGGACGCCGAAGCCGGAGCAAAUCCUCAUACUCGAGUCCAUCUUCAACAGCGGGAUGGUGAAUCCGCCCAAAGACGAGACCGUUCGAAUUCGGAAGAUGCUCGAGAAAUUCGGCGCCGUGGGCGACGCCAAUGUCUUCUACUGGUUCCAGAACCGCCGUUCCAGGUCGCGCCGCCGCCAGCGGCAAAUCCAGGCCAGCCUCAGCGCCGCUGGUGAGCAAGCGCAACCUCAGCCGCGAGGCGGUGGUGGCGCAAUUCAGUUUGAAAACACCGUCCCUGGUGGUUUCCUACCUCACUUGUCGACUUAUCCCAUGAGCACAAGCUCCUGCCUGCAGGUGGGCUCGGGCUCCUCUUCAGCUCUCGGGCCUGGCGCAAACGAUGGCACUACUUCUAAUGAUUUUUUCCCUUUUUCGGGCCAUCCAGGCGGGCUCCAAGAACUCGAGCAAAACACGUUUUUCGGUCCCCCGGAAACUUCCAGUUUGCACAAUUACCAGUCUGAAGCGAUUACGGUGUUCAUCAACGGAGUGGCGACAGAAGUGGGGAGGGGACCGGUGGACAUGAAAGCGAUGUUCGGUGGGGAUUUCGUGUUGUUUCAUUCAUCAGGGGUUCCAGUUCAGGUGAAUGAAUUCGGCUUCCUGGUGCAGAGUUUGCAGCAUGGCGAGAGCUAUUUUCUGGUUCCAAGACAUUCUUGAUGAGUUUAUAAAGAGAGACGGUUCUAUGGGGUCCAUCCAGAUUCCAGCUUUUGUGCUAGGGUUAGAACUUAAUUAGAGAGGAAAAUUAAGCAAAAAAAAAAAUUAUUUUUAGCAUAAUAAUUAUGUUUUGGUAUCUUCUCCUUUCUGUAUUAUUCAGAUAUUUUUUUUCUUUUUGAAAUUAAUAUGGCUCUUGUGAUCAUAAUUCAGAAUAUUCUAU